AUGAGCUUCGACAAAGCAGGCGCACAAAAGACGGUGGAAAUUGUUGAUGUCUUGAUUAUGGUCCGUGAGGCUUUUGAGAGAGCCGGUAAAGUGCUCGAUUCCAUCCAAGACACUUCACCCAAGGUUUUACCUAAAUUGGAAGAACUUCUUUCGGUUUGGUCACUUGCGGGGUUCUACGUGGGAAGGGCUUUCAGACAUAACCCGAUGGCAACUAGUUCAGAGAAAACUCUUCCUUGUACAGAUUCAGAGGAUGGAAGUAAAAAUUCUUCACAUAACUCGAAUGCUUUUGAUAUCCCAGGCAUGCUCGCUCUGGUCGCUCCCGAUGAGUCAAAGAUCAAGAAAGAGAGUGACAAACUAGCUACAGAUCCUGCAUCAUUCAACCAGUUAUCUGAGCAGCUUCAUAGAGCUUUUCCAAAUGACCCUGAAAUUGUGAAAAUGGCGCAGCGCCUCCAUAACAACUUACGGGAGUAUCCGCAACUGUCUCCGUCUCUGGAGGCGCUCGGGGACCCUGUUGCAUUAGAGAAAUUUGCCGAGUUUGUGGCGCAGAUGAAGAAAGAUCCAGAGGUGAAACCUAUACUAGAUGAGAUAGACGCUUGUGGUCCUGUUGCAGUGAUGAAGUUUGGGGCCGAUAAAGACGUGUUGAAGAAGCUAGGUAAAGCAAUGAGUGCUCUCUGCGAUGUGGAGGGUCUGAACAAAGAUAAAGAUGAAGUUUCCAUUGGAGUGAACGCACUUACGAUUGUAAGUGGGUAUGCCAAGAUGAAAUGUGCUAAAGUUCUUCUGGAUGGAGAAAAAAAAAGAAAGAAAAGGGCAUCGCAUAAUGGGAGGAAGAAGCAUGUAAACAUUGCACAGGAGAUGAUUGUUGCAGAAUAA